AUGGAGGAGCCCCUUGUUGACAAGACAGGAGAGGAGAGCCUGGUAGUGAUUGAGGUGAAGAAGCAGUUGUACCUUGCCGGGCCUCUCAUCGUCGGAAGCCUCCUACAGGAUGUGGUCCAAAUGAUAUCCGUCAUGUUUGUGGGUCAUCUCGGCGAACUCGCUCUCUCGAGUGCCUCCAUUGCAACCUCCUUCGCCGGCGUAACUGGCUUCAGCUUGUUGUCUGGCAUGUCGAGCAGCUUGGACACGCUGUGUGGGCAAGCCUUUGGAGCAAAGCAGCACCAUCUUCUUGGCAUCUACAAGCAGAGGGCAAUCCUUGUGCUCACUCCGGUGAGCGUCGUGGUUGCCGUAAUUUGGGGAUACACCGGUCAAAUCCUUCUGUUCUUUGGACAGGACCCUGAGAUUGCCAUGGAAGCAGGGAGCUACAUCCGAUGGUUGAUUCCAUCGUUGUUUGUCUACGGUCCGCUGCAGUGCCAUGUCCGAUUCCUACAGACGCAGAACAUGGUCCUUCCGGUGAUGCUGAGCUCGGGAGUGACAGCACUGAACCACAUCUUGGUGUGUUGGCUGCUGGUCUACAAGCUUGGUCUGGGCAACAAGGGUGCUGCCUUGGCCAAUACAAUCUCCUACCUCACGAAUGUGUCCAUCUUGGCUCUCUACAUCAGGCUCUCCCCGUCUUGUAAGAGCACAUGGACGGGGUUGUCGACGGAGGCAUUUCGCGACAUCCUCGGUUUCCUGAGGCUUGCCGUCCCAUCUGCGCUCAUGGUGUGCUGGGAGUGGUGGUCGUUUGAGCUCCUGGUACUUGUUUCCGGAUUUCUUCCAAAUCCUAAACUUGAGGCAUCAGUGCUGUCAAUCAGUUUGAAUACUAUCUCAUUGGUAUUCAGGGUCCCAUAUGGGCUUAGUGCAGCUAUAAGCACCCGUGUGUCAAAUGAGCUAGGUGCUGGGCGACCGGAUGCAGCCCGUUUAGCGACCCAGGUGAUCAUGGUCCUGGGUGUUGUGUCAAGCAUAUCAGUUUCUCUUGCUAUCAUUUUGGUGCGCAAUCUAUGGGGGUAUGCAUACAGCAACGACAAGGAAGUGGUGGAGUACAUUUCAAAAAUUAUGCCAAUUAUUGCCGUGGCAUUCUUGUUUGAUGACAUGCAGUGUGUUCUUUCAGGUAUUGUUAGGGGCUGUGGCUUUCAAAAGAUUGGUUCCUAUGUCAAUCUCAGUGCGUACUACCUCGUGGGCAUCCCGGGGGCUCUAUGUUUUGCCUUUGUGUACCAUCUUGGUGGAGUGGGGGCUGUGGAUGGGAAUAACCUGCGCACUUGUCGUGCAGACGGUGUUGUUCAUGUCCAUUACUCUGCGCACCAACUGGGACAAAGAAGCUUUGAAGGCCAGGGACAGGGUUUCUAUUACCUCCUUUCCUCUGGACUUGGCGACAUGAGGACACACACAAGAUGCACAUUUUUCUAUGCCAGAGAGAUGUGCAGGGAAAUAAGGAAACGACAAAGAAUUCGUCGCAGAAAAAUGAUGCUUCUUGUCCAAGUCACCAGCAUGUGUCACUCCUUUACGGAAAUAAUAAAAUGUUUGUUGACUGGCAUCGGCCGUAUAUUACUAGACAAUUUUCUUCAUGAAAGAAUAUAA